GGCGCUGCGACGACCUCGGCGUCCGUCAGUCGACUGAAGGUCUCCGCGCAGACCCCACGGCAUGGGAACAUGCGAGGAGGCAGCUCCGAACUCCUCCUCGACCCGCAGGUCGAGCUGAGGAAGAGGAAGCUCCUUGAGCUGGCUCAACCGAAGAAACACAAGAAACAGAAGAGAAGUUGCCGAGAGCGCGCGUGGUUCUACGCGACGUCCUUCUUCGUGAUGUCCGCCGUGUCGGCCGGCUCCUCGUUGUUGUUCCUAGUGCCUCUGUACGUGGACCCGGCGAUAUCCACGUUGGUGGCGGACUUCAUCACCAGACCCGUCACCUGCGUGACGAUGCGACGCGAAGAUCACCUGGGGAUCUUCAACUGUACGUGGAGCUCUUGUCGCGAGGGUUGUACCAGCGACAUGUACCGCUGCACACACAUCUACGUGUCCUACACCGAGCAGGAGGACAACUCAUCGCUGGCCACUCCCGCUACCGUCGUGGACGCCGUCCUGCUGGUCAACAUCAAGGGCUGCGGUUACCCUCCGGACAUCCAGUGCGCCAACUUCACCGCCUCCUACGGCACGGAGGGCGCGGAGUUCCCUUGCUACUACUCCCGCGAGAACCGCACCGUCGUCAUGACCAAGUACGACAGGGACGCUCAAGUAGAGGUGAUCAUCAACUACUUCGCGAUACCGUUUGUGAUCUGUGUGGUGACCUCGGUGGUGUUGUGUGUGAUGCAUUGCGACUGUAGAUGCACGCCUCAGCCGCAGCCUCCCCGAGGCUUCCGGAGGUCCAGAGUGGAGGAUGCCAGUGACCAGUCCAUCAGCACGAGAGUUGACCGUAUGACCUCUCACGCAGACCUCACCAGACCCCUCUGACAAAGGGACGACACGGUGGACAGCCACCUGAUGACGACAUCUCAGUCCAGCGAUCUCUAGCUCACCCACGCCUGCGCGAACAUAUUUUUAGGGUAACAUAUUUUUAGAAACGCGUUGCGAUCGCCCUUUUUAUAAUAGUUUUAAACGAAAAGGCGUUCGCGGUUGACAUCGACUUAGUCAAUUUGACUUCCUACAUAGGGCUGUUUUGGUUUAUUUAAGUGGCAGUGUUUGAUCGUUAAGUGGUUCAAGGAUUUGGAUUGAUGUGUAAAAGGGGAAACUAUGUUUGAUGUGUUUUAUUGUUUACUGUGGUUGGUUGCUACAUCGAAAAAUUAUGGAUGUUUGUAACAUGUUUAACUCUUUCCUUGAUUGAAACAGAAUGAAUUAUUUGAUAAUUUACAGGUUCAUUUAAAUGUUUGAGCAUUUAUUCGUCACAUAAUACGGGUUAAAAGAGCUUAUAAAGUUCAACCUACGUUAUGAAAAUACAAUUUAAAAGCCAAAUGAAAUCUAAUUAAAAUAAAAUUGUCAAAAUACCCGCUGUACUGUCAAUGAUCCGUUUUGUUGUCUAGCGACCAAGGUUUCGAACCUAAAAAUCAUUUUUAGCUUAAGUAAACCAAUUAGUUGGAAAAAUCAUCUGUAGUUGGGGUUGUAAAGAGUCGUCAUACACUUAACUAACACUUCACAAAUACGGAAAAAAAAGAUUUGACUAAGUUAUAAUACUGAAAGGCCAACGCUUGGUGUAGCCCUCGGAAGGUUAGUCAUGACAACUUGAGUGAAAAUACUUCAGCGAAACCUUGUUCACUUGACAAAAACGCAUUAUUUCCUAGUACAAAAAGUAUAACCUUACUAAUUGUAAAAACGUGAUCCAGAAGCUUAACAGAUUUAUAGAUAAAUUAGUUUAAGGUAGAUUUUAUUAUUAGAAAGGAUUAAACAUGAUGAAAAUCUUACCAACAAAAACUUGUUUUACUUUUUAACCUAAUAUUGUUAUGUUCAUUUGGUAAAAAUGGACUCCAACGUAAAGUAGGAGUCUUAUUAGUUUUGUAUACACCAAAAACAGGUUAAAAAAUUUAACAUCCAUUCCCCAUUGAAAAGUGUUAACGAGAAAUUCUUGAACGCCUUGGAGGGAUCAGACCCCAAGUCAAUUGUAGAGAUUAGAUAGAGUUUUGUAAAGUCCGUGUUUAUUGUAUUGUAGAUUCGUAGGCCGCAGGAUAGACACUUCAAACAAACCUAGCGUCGAACUAUUAGGGCCAAAUUAAUUUUCGUUCCUGGCCUUUUCGCACGACUUUAGGGCAAAGAAGGGAAGGAACACUGCUACAAGGGUUGGAAAAGAGAUUUGUGUAAGCUCUUUACCUGAUUUUUCUGGUAUAUUCUUUAAGUGAAUGGUUGAAAUGGGAUUACCAUGUUUUUGCUUAAUCUUGAGAUUAACUCAUACUAUACUCAACUAUAGAUUACUACCAAUACUAAAAUACUAGCAUGACCCAACCUGUCCUAACGUAACACCUUAUACAAGCAUUAUUCUACCUACCCAUAACAUAACCUUAUAUAUUCUAGCAUGACCCAAACCUAUCACAUCAUACUUGAGCAUAUUUCAACCCACCCUACCAUCACCCAAUACAUCAUAGCACAGCUCAACUUACCUUUACACAAUCCAAUAAAUCCUAACAUAACCCUGCCUAAUCUAACAAAACCCAAUACAUCCAAUUUACUUGACUCAACCCAACUUCACAUGGUCGGUUUCGAAGGUUUAUGCUU